GUCAGCUGAUCGCCUCAGCUGACAGUGAGUGUUGGUUUUCAGCAGUCUUAACAUACUGUAAACCUCCAAUACAUUGCUACUGUACUUAGCGUUUAGUAUUACAGUCUUGAGACUAACCAUAAAUACAGAUUUAUCAGCUGAGUUUUUAUUCUUUGGACAGAAACGGAUUCAGGAUGGUUACCAGUAAGUCAUUCUAAACUGUUUAUAUCCGCCAUACGACUUGAGGAAACACUGAGUCAGACGUACAUAUAGGAUCUGCCAAGGAACUUCACUCAACGAGUUUUGACAUCCACAGAUACAGCCAUGUCUCCGGAAGGGAAAAGGCUCCUCAAUAUUAUAAUUUUAGGGUUUGCGUUUAUGUUUAUGUUUACAGCUUUCCAGACAUGCGGCAAUGUGGAACAAACCGUGAUUAAGAGUUUCAACAGCUCCAGAUUCCAUGGGAGCGGAUAUACUAGUAUGUCCAUUAUUUACGGGGUUUUCUCGGCGUCUAACCUCAUCGCCCCGUCUGUAGUUGCUGUAAUUGGCCCCCAAAUAUCAAUGUUUGUCUGCGGUUUGUUUUACAGUGCUUAUAUUGCUGUGUUUAUUUAUCCGUUAACCUGGUCCUUCUACACGGCUUCGGUGCUGGUUGGGAUAGCAGCUGCAGUGCUCUGGACCGCACAGGGAAACGUCUUGACUAUAAACUCCACAGACACUACCAUUGGGAGGAACAGUGGGAUAUUCUGGGCUCUCCUGCAGUUCAGCCUGUUCUUUGGGAACCUUUAUAUAUAUUUUGCUUGGCACGGCAAAGCCCACAUUUCAGAAUGGGACACCAGGAGAGUCUUUAUCUCCCUGACAGUCAUCAGUCUUGUGGGCAGCUUCCUGUUCUUCCUGAUACGGAGGCCAGAGCUGGAGAGCGUGGCUCCUGAGGGGACUGAGGCCCUCCUGCAGGCUGACCUGGGGGACAGCAGCAGUGGCAGCACCACCCCGUUAGCACAAGGAAGGAGUGCGCAAGCCCUGGAUGCAUUCAAGAAAGCUGUCCAGCUGUCUGGAACAAAGGAGAUGCUGCUGCUGAGUAUCUCCAUUGCAUACACAGGUCUGGAGCUCACCUUCUACAGUGGGGUGUACGGGACCUGCAUCGGGGCCAUGAACCAGUUCGGAGACGAUGCCAAGAGUCUCAUCGGACUCUCAGGCAUUUUCAUAGGCGUGGGAGAGAUCCUGGGAGGGGGCGUGUUUGGCAUGCUCAACACAUGCAGUCGUUUCGGGAGGAACCCUGUGGUGCUGCUGGGGCUGCUGACUCACUUCGUGGCGUUCUUCCUCAUCUUCCUGAACAUUGCAGAUGACGCACCCAUCGCCCCCGAGCAGGGCACUGACCUGCAGGCCUUCAUGUUCCCCAGUGUGGAGGUGGCGCUGCUGUGCAGCUUCCUGUUGGGUCUGGGUGACAGCUGCUUCAACACUCAGCUCCUCAGCAUCGUGGGCUUCAUGUUCCCUCAGGACAGCGCGCCUGCCUUCGCCGUCUUCAAAUUCAUACAGUCCAUCAGUGCAGCAGUUGCCUUCUUCUACAGUAACUACCUCCUGCUGCACUGGCAGCUGCUGAUCAUGGUGCUGACAGGGUUCCUGGGGACGCUUGCCUUCUUCGCAGCGGAGCGGGUUGUCACAGCCAAACGCCACGACUCUGAUUACGACAGCAUCUGAGCAGGCGUGGGGGCAAGCCAGUGAGCCACCACACGGCAGAGUCCAGGCGCGUUUCCCCAUCUCCAAACCCUCCCUCCUUUCAUAAUUCUUUACGAAUUCUGGUAAUUCUCAGUUAGUUGUACUGUUUAAGGACCCUUAUUCACCGCCCACAACAGUCCCUGUUCCCAAACUCAAAUCCAUUAGAUAUUCCUCCAACCCUUCUACACCGUUGUGAACGUCUUUACAAAUUAUCUAGAACAGUUUCUUGAAAACUUGGUUUGAGUCAGAAAAAUAGACGAAAAUGUUUCUUAAAUAACAAGGGACCACUUUAUUUAGGUUCCACACCAUGUCUUAUACUGCUUGAAUCCAGUUCAUCAUAUACACAAAUACUUUGGUUAGGCACUUGGGAAGCAGUCAUCUCUCUAAACAGCAGGCAGAGAAAUCCAGACACAGCCAGAUGCACUUGGGCUCAUGUACCUUUAUAAAUGUUAGCUAUAGAAAAAUCACAGCAUAAUGAAAGCAUAGUAAAACGUAGAAUUAAACUGGAGUAAACUAUGGUAAAUGCACAGAAUAACGAUGGGGCAAACUACAGAAUGACUGCACAUUGGUAAACUUUUAUGGGGGACACGAAGUAAGGAUUGGCAAAAUGAUAAGAUUUACUACUCCCCUACAAUAACCGUGUCAUCUAUUACUGCGUCAGAGUUGUUAUUUGGAUAAUUCUCUGGCAGAAUUUUUUUUUAUUUUUAUGUUUUAUUUGACCUAAUCAAGCAAUGCUGUUAGUUUGGAUUAACUUUCCAGGCAUUUAAAAUGAAAGAAUGUUAAGUAUGUCCUACAUCUAAUUCAGUAACAACUUCCAUAAUGUUUCAGUGAUGUUUUCUUUGAGCAAUGCACUGUGAAAGGUUUUGGAGUUUGAUUUUUCUAAAGAAAUUAAACACAACAAAAAUGAAGUUUAAUUAGCAGUACAAUUGUGUGUACAGAUAACAGGAGGAGCGCUUUUUCAAUUAAUGCGUUCAACAAAAAUGUUAAUUGAUUACUUAUUAGUCUGAAUAGUUAUUGCAGUGAAGACCCAAUCUCCUUUCCCAAUUUUCUUUACAUAUUACAUUAAAAACCCAUUUGGUUCCAAAGGGGAGUAGAAAAUCCUACCCCACUUAGUUUGUUCUGGGAUUCAUCAGCACCACACUGAAAGUUUAAGAAUUCAGAAGCGAUUUAUAGGCUUUCUGCAUCACAGGUUUGCUAGUUCUCCACAGUACUGAAGGUGUUGCACUUUCUGUACAGUGCAUUGAAGAAUGUGCCAAAGCAAUACAUCAGGUUUAAUGGCUAAGGCCACAGACACACAGUGGAACCAAAAUGAUUACACUGUGUAACAAAAAAAAUAAAAAAAUUUGUUCCUGGGUAGUAAGUGUUAUUUCCUAAUUGCUUA